AUGUGUGCAUCAGUGAUGGAGGUGAAGCGCGUAUAUUUAGAGAGGAGAUGAUCAGAGAUGAAAGGGGAAAGGACCUUCUGCAGACCGCCGCACCGAGCCCAAACACAGCAAGCACAAGCCGCCAUGGAAGCUGCCAUCACCACCAUUGUCACCCAGUUCAAGCUGUACGCUGGGAAUGAAGGAUCCUCCUCCACGCUGAGUAGAGAUGAGUUCCAGAAGCUGGUGACCUCUCAGCUUCCCAACUUUGUCAAGAACGCCAACGACCCCAAGGCGCUCGACCAGCUCAUGAGCUCCAUAGACGACAACAACGACGGGGAACUGACGUUCUCCGAGUUCUGGCAGCUAAUUGGAAAACUGGCGAGCAAACAGGGGGGCAUGAACUAGUGGACCCAGCCCAGUCGGCUCGGUUCAUCCGUGCCGUCCGGCUGUAAACCGAGGGGCAUCUGAAUUCCUUUAUCUCUGUGCCAGAGCCACAUGUGUAACUGCGUGGUUAACCAUUUGUUGAAUGAGAAGAACUUUGAAUUAAAGGCUGUAUUGUUUCAAACCCUGGUGCACCA